CUGGUCCUGAGCUCACGAUGUUUGUUGGCUUUAUCUCUCUGUUCCUCCUCACAGCCGUAGAUGGGGAGUCCUCUGAGAAAGUGUGUGCUUAUCAAGACGUUUUAAACCACCUGAACCUGACCAAAAACAAUGAGCUGUACUACAUGACCCGGCCCGUGAAAGACUACAAACAGCCCACGAAGGUGUCCCUGGAUGUUCUGCUGUACGCCAUUCUGGAUGUGAGAGAGACUGACCAGACGUUUAUUCCUUAUGUUUGGGUUUUUAUGUCCUGGGUAAAUCAACACAUCUCAUGGACUCCCAGUGAAUUUUGCGGUAUUAAUAUGGUGUCCCUUCCUUCUGACGUUUUAUGGAAGCCAGAUCUCACCAUUGAGGAGAUGACAGAGAAGGACAAAGCUCCCCCCUGUCCUCUACUCACUAUCCGCAGUAACGGUGAGGUCCAUGUUCAGGAUGACCAGGUGCUGGUCAGCACAUGCAGGAUGCACGUCUACAAAUUCCCCUUUGACACUCAGAGCUGCACCCUCUCAUUCAAAUCUGUCAUCCACACCGGUGAGUCAGAGUCACAUGGACACGCACAACACCACGCACACUAUCAGGCUCCUUUAUCUUCCUCUUCAUCUCCCACCUUAGUGGAGGAAAUACAGCUUUUUUACAACGCCAGCUCCUCAGAGGCCACAGAGGAAUCUCGUGAGGUGAUGCGAACCCAGUACGAGUGGCUGUUCAUCAACAUGACUGUCGCCAACAAAACUGUCGACACGUUUGGCAUUAAACAGGAUGUGAUCAUCUACACUAUAAACAUGAAGAGGAGGCCCAUCCUCUACAUUGUGAACUUCUUGCUGCCCGUCCUGUUCUUCCUGUGCCUGGACUUGGCCUCCUUCCUGAUCUCUGACAGCGGUGGCGAGAAGCUGAGCUACAAGGUCACAGUGCUGCUCGCUGUUACCGUGUUACAACUUAUUCUGAAUGACAUCCUGCCUUCAUCAUCAAACAGGAUUCCACUUAUAGCUGUCUACUGCAUUGGGGUUUUUGCUCUGAUGAUGCUCAGCCUCCUGGAGACCAUUCUGGUGAUGUAUCUGAUGGAGAAAGACAACGCCCCACAAGAUGACCAAACAGACAAAGAUCACAAGCAGAGUCAGGCCUGUGAGGACAAACGUGAUAAAAACAAGUGUGAAGGAGAAAGGGAAUGGAGAAAGUGUUUGCGUGUCUGUGAUACAUCUGCUGAUGAAACACCAACGGAACUGCUGAAGGUCAGCAGCAGCCACAUGAUGGAGGAGUCCUGCACCAUCCAAAAACUCUCCGAUGACCUGAGGGAGACACUGAACACACUGACACUGCUCCUCAACAGCAGGCAAGAAGAAAGAAAAACCGGCUACUGGACCAGGAAAAUUAAAACAAUCAACACAGUUUUCUUCAUUUUCUAUGUCUCAGCUUCCAGUCUGUUUCUGCUGUGUAUGUUCUUCCACUGGAAUGGAGCACAUUAAUCAUAAUAACGCAUAUGAUUGCAAUAUAGUCCAAUUUAGCUAUAAUAAAGGAAAACUUAAUUAUCAUAGGAAACUCCACCCUAGAAACCCUGUGCACACUUGGAUCCAUCAUUUUAGUUGGUGUAUGAUGUCCGAUGUAUCUGGCAAUUUGUAUGAACCAGAAAAACUACUUUUUCAUCUCAAAAUACUGAUUUAAUACGUUUUUAGUUGGUAAAUAAAUAAAAUUUUUAUCAAGAUAGUUGACAAAUAGUCACUUUAUGGUAGGACUGAUAUCAUUAGUAAAGAUUUACUUCUUACUCUAAAGAAGAAGUUCUCACUGUUAGUAGUUACUAGGUGGCAUUGAGGGUUCACACAGCGUGUUACAAUACAUAAAGAAGAAACUAAAGCAUAUGGAACAAAAAAAGGGGGUGCCCGAGCGAGCACAUGUGUUAUAUAUGCUCUCCGAGGUUGCAUAUAGGCAUGCUGUCCUUGAUGUUCUUGUUCUUCAGUGAUUAUAAAACCUUUGUUCUCAUUCAAUAUUAGUCUCUCACCUGAUGAGAAAAAAACAAGAACAACUAAAUGUGAACAUUUGUGUGUGGUUAUUCUGUAGAUUAUGGCUUCUGUCCACAGUAUACAUUCUAUAAUAAAGGUUGAUAUCUUUAA